CUGCCGCUCAAACCAUGGAUGCACUUUAGAUUUUCCCUUCGAAAAUUGUGGCUCUUUCUCCAGGGUUCUAAGAAUCGGUAUUGGUGUACCAAUCCGAUUCCCGAGAUUUGAAUCCAUGCUCGCGGGAGUAUUUUUAUUUAUUUUUUGGCAGAAGUUCACGUCGAGAGUCGGGACAGCUGAGAGCUGAGGGCUGAGGCCAAAAACCAGUGCAGGGGGCAAAAACCAAGAGAAGAAAUCGUUAACAGAAAGAGGAUAAAGGAAAUUCUUUUUUCUUUCUCCCCUUCGUUUGAAUAUAAGAAGAGGAAAAAUGAACCUCUUACAAUCGCCGACAUCAUCGUCAACUAGUGUUCCUCUCCGAAGCCCUAAAUUCCCUCCUGUCUUCUCGCACACCCCGGCAUUCCUCAGGAACUGCAGCUUUGCUCCAAGCUUCUCUCGUGUCUCUCGGAGGAAGCUUUCCGUGGAAUGCCGCCGUUCAGAGUACUUUGAACAACACCAGAGGUUCAAUGGACCAGCAGACGAUUCCUCUCCACAGUCUACAGGAGCUUUGCCUCCGAGGGUUUUCGUUGGCCAUUCUAUAUACAAAGGGAAGGCAGCUCUAACAGUAGAGCCCAAAGCUCCGGAGUUCGCUCCUUUAGAUUCGGGAGCAUUUAAGCUUACAAGGGAGGGAUUCGUGAUCCUUCAGUUUGCUCCUGCAGUCGGUGUUCGACAGUAUGAUUGGAGUCGAAAGCAGGUAUUCUCACUUUCAGUGACUGAAAUUGGAACACUGAUAAGCCUUGGAGCAAGAGAUUCGUGUGAAUUUUUCCAUGAUCCAUUUAAAGGGAAAAGCGAAGAAGGGAAGGUUAGGAAGGUUUUGAAGGUUGAGCCCCUUCCAGAUGGAUCUGGCCAUUUCUUUAAUCUCAGUGUUCAGAACAGGAUCUCUAACGUGGAUGAGAACAUUUACAUCCCUAUUACCAAAGCAGAGUUCACUGUCCUUGUUUCAGCUUUCAAUUUCAUACUUCCAUACCUUCUUGGUUGGCAUGCUUUCGUGAACUCGAUUAAGCCAGAUGAUCCAGCUCGUAUCAACAAUGCCAAUCCCCGAUAUGGGACUGAUGCCGCUGAUCUUGAGUGGAGCAGAUAGGUCUGAUUUUCUGUUUGGAGGGAAGAGUGAAAGAGCUAAUGAAUCUUCAAUGUAGAGGGCAGCUGAUGAUUUGAUUUUAUGACUUCUACAGAAAUGUACACCCAUUGUGAAGACAGAAAUUUUGCCUGCAGCAGUCACUAUGAAUUCAUUACCAAAAAAGAAAAGUCACCAUGAAUUUGGUUCGAGGACUUUAGUUAGUUCCGUGGCUGAUUGAGUGAAUGUGAUGGUCAUGCUACAUAAUGUUUGUUCAAAUUAUGCUUGGUUAUGUUGUAGGGGAUUCCAUGCUUUAAAUUUUUUCUCAAGUAAAUAGAGAGCUUUGAAUUGUUACUUCCUUUA